AUGAACGCGCAUCACUCCACGACCACAUUUACCCAAACCGACGAAGAGGAGGAUGCUAGAAUUCUGCGAGAGAACCUAGCCAGAGAGGCAUUUCGAGAAUGGCCGAACGACGCUGGUUUCGACGGGUUGACAGAGCAUCGCGGCCCCAUUGAGCUACAGGUGGAAGGCAACAUUCCGGCCUGGGCGACGGGCUCCCUUUACCGGACGGGACCCGGGGCGUGCAAGAUUGAAGACACCAAAUCCGGAACCAUUCACGUCUCGCACUGGUUCGACGGGCUUGCUCACACUCACCGCUUCGACAUUAUGCCCGCUGCGGAUGGAAAUGGGGUGCGCGUGAUGUAUUCGUCCCGCCGGCAGUCUGAAGCAUUCGAGAAGGAAAUCAGAGCCAUGGGUGUGAUACGUGCCUUGACCUUUGGCCAGCGAAGCGACCCAUGCGUGGGCAUCUACUCCAAGUUCAUGUCCAUGUUUCGCCGGCCGGAGCACCUGGACAACAUCUGCGUCACAGUCAAUGCCAACAUGCCUGGCUUCCCAAGUGUGGUGGCCGCUGAUGCCAGUUCCGAGGGCCACCGAGCUGGGCCAAAGAAUGUCUUCUUGGCCACGGACACGUCCUGGUUCUCCGAGAUAGACCCCAAGACUAUGGAGCCCAUGGCGGCGGUCAGUCAGAAGCAGCUGCAUCCCGACCUCAGAGGACCAGUUGGUCCGGCCCAUGUGCUGCAGGACCCAGAGACUGGCGACUUCUUCAGCUUCAAUGCCGACUAUGGCAUGCAAGCGACUUAUCGCGUAUUCCAGAUCACAGCAAGAGGAGAGGUCAAGAUCCUGGCCACAUUCGCUUCAAAGGCUGGCUACAUUCACAGCUUUUUUCUGAGUAGGAGCUAUGUCAUCGUAUGUGUACCAGUGGCGCAUUACAAACUCGGCGGAAUCCAGAUCCUCUGGGAGGGCAGCGCCUUGGAAGCGUGGAAACCGUUCGAUCCGAGCGAGCCGUGCAGGUGGUUUGUCGUCGACCGAGUGAACGGAGAAGGGGUCGUAGCAGAAUUCACCUCGCCGGCCGGCUUCUUCUUUCAUUCGGCCAAUGCCUUUGAGGACACAGAUGGGGACAUCCUCUGCGACCUGAUCGCGUAUCCCAAUAGCAACAUCGUAUCUGGGAUGUACUACGACGUGCUGCUCAAUCGUAACGAGGCCGCCAAGGCGUUUUGGACCGAAGGCCAAAAACAAGCUCCGUGCCACCCAAGCUUGGUCAGGUACCGUUUCUCCGGCCGAGACUUCGGGAAGCACAGUGGAAAAGGUGAGCUGCCGUCACCAGCACUGGAACUGCAGAUCCCGGCGCCCCACGCGGGCGACAUGCCGACCAUCAACCCGGCUUUCGCAUGUCGUCAGCAUCGCUAUGUGUACUGCCUGACAAGUCGAGGCCUCAGUACCAUAUUCGACAGUAUCGCCAGGGUCGACACCCAGACGCGCGAGGUGCUCAUGUGGAAGGGUCCGAUAGGCCAUACCCCGAGCGAGGCGCUCUUCGUGUCGCGAAAGGAGAAAGGCGGUGCUGUGGCGCCUGCUGAUGAGCUCGACGGUGUGUUGCUCACCGUAGUCUUGGACGGCGAGAACAGGAAGAGCUACCUUCUGUGCCUAGAUCCGAAGACUAUGACAGAAAUGGGCAGAGCGGAAUGUGAGUUUGCGGUGGGACUAGGGUUCCAUGGCCAGCAUGUCGUCGACAUUUGA